UAAUAUGUUUUGAUUCACUCAUUAUUACCAGCUGUGUCUGUUUUAAUCAGUUGCUAUUCAAUACCUUUACUUAAAAUAAAAGUACAGUACUUAUGAGUAUGAAAGACUGUUCUCCAAGAAAUCCUAUGUUAAAAAAAGUAAGCGGGUGGACAGGGAUAAAAACGAAAAAUAAUGAAGUUGAAUUGGAUGAAUGAAAGAAGCAUUUGAAAAAAUUAAACUGCAUGUGUUCACAAAAAAAAACCUUUAUUUGGAAGUUAAUAGUUAAUUCAAAAAACAAACGCAAUUUCCACCAGAAACAUCGUUACCAAUCAAAUUACGUUAACUUAAGAACCCCUCUUCAAUCUCACCUUAACACCUCUCUCAUCCAUUGAACUUACAUACAGUAGAUCUUUUUAAGGAUGCGCCACGGUUUUUCAAUAGGGUUGAGGUCAGGGGAUGGUGGUGGCUACAUCAUUAGUUUUCUCUAUAUACCAAAUGGUGUAGUGGGUUGCCCUGCAUGAGAAUUAUAUCCCACAGCUCUUUAUUUCCCAUGGCAGGAAAUGAUCAGGUCAUUUAGACUCCUUCAGGCCCCCUGGGCCUACGAUGUUACUUCCUUUUGACCCAACUCAAACGUCACUCCGCCACCUACUUGCUAACAUCACAACCUUGUUUGAACAUGGCAACCAUCCAGAACUGUGUUCAUCAUUCUGGAAAAUCUAAAGUAGUAACGCAUUCAUCAGCAAAUAAAAUAGUUUGAAAACGAGUCUCCAUGUACGAGACGUAAUGAACCCAAUUUUCCUGUGGCUUUAUUUAUUGAAAUAGAAAGACAAUAUAGAAAUGAAACCCAAAAAGUGGGGAUUUCAUCGGAACGUUUAAAUAUAAGCUCCCUUUUUCCUCCACACUGACUGUCCAUUGAUGAACAAGGGCCUGUAUGCCAUCUUGUAAAAUUCAGGAGGCUGCACUUUAAAGCGUUUUUUUUUUUUUUGACAGCUUGCUUAUCUUGUUUGUCAUCAGAGAAGUGCUAACCCCUAAACACGUUCUUUUCAAGGUCUAAAAGGUGAUCGAUAAUGUGCUGGUGCCAGAUCGGGUGAGUACGGGAGAUGGGUUAUGGUUGUCCAGUCAAAGGAACUGAUGACUUCACAAGCACCAGACGCUGUUCGUCACCUUUGAUCCUUGACGCCCAGUUUUUGACUGUGCUCUAGUUGAAAAUCUCAGGAAAAAAAAAAGUGAAUUAUUAGAAUGUUAAAUUGGGCUUAUUACUUUUUGACUGCCCCUUGUACUUCCGAGACCCCUGCUAAUGUUUCUCCGUGUGAGGUUGGUCAGGGGUGGCUGAAAUCCAACUUUAUGCAUGCAUGACUGGAAGUCGUUGGAGGAUCAUGGUUCCUCUUGGGACUCCAAAAACACCAGCAGCUUCAAAUACGUUUACUUCUCAAUGUUUUUUGAACACCUAUAUUGCAACGAACCUGUUUGCUGUCAUAGACAAAUUAACAGUAUGUUUUUGUCAUAAUUUGCCAAUCUGAUCAAUGACGUCAUCGAUCGGCUCCGCACAAGACAUUUAAUUAACUCCGCGUCGCCGUUGCGGAUGAAUCAAAAAUCUAGUUUAUUUUUAUUUUGUUUCCUUGUCACGUGUCUUGUGGCGCAGUACUGUAGCUAUGGCGGCCAUUAACGUUUUUUUCAAUCUUGUCGGUUAAAAAAACCGACGAGAAGGUAAAGGCCUCUAACUCAAACUGUAGGAAAGCAGAACAUAAACGGAGAAACGCUCAACUCCAAAUUUACUACGACCUCUACAGACUGUCGUCUUUUGUCAUUUUAACCAAGAGUUAGUCCGGGCAAGACAACAUUUCUGUGAAAUCAUGAGUAAGAUCCUCAACAAUAAACACACGGCGUUUGCUGUGGCUACAAGCUCGCAAACACCCCUGAUCAGAUCGCUCCACAACUUCACACAACAGAUAAAUGCAAUGAAUGUGAAAAAAAGCUCCAGCGCCCCUGUACUGCUGCUCAGUUUUGAAAUAAGCCAUUAAAAAAAAUUUUAUUCAACUAUUUAAUUUAUUUGAAAUGGUGGAUUGCUUGGAAUAUCUAUCAUUAUUAAAAAUGAAUACAAUUUGUCAUUUUGGUAUGUUAUCUUGACAACGCAUGAUUUGCUUUCACGGGCCACAUAAAAGUAUUUGUGGUACGGAUCUGGCUCCCCAGCCUUGAGUUUAACACCUUGACAGGCACGUGCAUACAUAGCCACUAGGCGGCGCGCAAGCACAUGCCCUUUUGCACGGAACAAAAAAAAGGGCCCUUUUUUUCUUCAUUCAUCAAUAUUUUAAUCAAUCAAUCUUACCCAGUAUUUUGAAAUCUGACGGGCAAUUUAUUUAUUCAUUUCCUAAUUGUAUGAAUAAUUUUGGCAAUGGGUACCCCCAAAAAUGUCUGUGGAAGUGCCUGACCUGAGAUGCACAGAAAAUGUUUUAAAACAAUUACGUACUGGCAGCGUGUUAACAUUCAGCGGCCCUUAAAGCCUUCGAUCAUUCUGUAUGCGGUGGUUGGAAGAAAAAGUUUGCACCCCCCCCCUACUUAUCCUCACAGGUUGCAGUUUUUUAUUUUUAGUUUUCCCAGCUGACUCGAGGCGAGAGGCGGGGUACACCCUGAAGUAAUUGCCAACCAAUCACAAGGCAAAUAUAAAUAAACAACCAUUUUCACCCACAUUCACACCGACUUGUUGUGCAUCAAUACAAUUUCAGAUUAUUCAUAUAAAGUACUGCACAUCCCGAAGGAUUUGUACGUAUCCUUGGAAUUGGUAGUGGAAAAUCUGCAGACUUUUCUCUGAGCAUUUUGCUUCACAUUUCCAGUUGCUCACUGUCAUCAAAUCAUUCUAUGUGUUGGUGGCCAGCAUGUAAUACACUUUAAAAUGUAUUCCAUGUUUUUAUUUAUUUUUAUUUUUUUUAAAGUGACCGAGAUGUGUCUAACCAACAACUUUAGCUGAAUCUGUUUCAGUUUUUUUUCCCCCAUUUAAAACUGGUUUAGUGGUGAUGUUACUGUACUUGGCAGAGACCCCCUAUGCCUCAUACUGUGGCGUCACGUGGUUGCCUCACGUGACGAAGGUCAGAGUUCAAAGUCACACGGGAGGCUGGGUAAAUAUGGCGGCCCUGGUUGGACGUAGGGCGCUUUUGCAGUUUACCGACAGCAAGCUCGGCUGGUCCUACUUGGCUUCAAGACGCUAUGUUUGCUCCGCUAAGUCGUUUAAUUUUCCGGCGGGCCUCGGCGCAUUGUCACGGCAGUACAGCUCGGAGGCAAAGGACGAGCUGGUCGUUAGGUAUCUUGACGGAGACGAUAAAGGUAUAGUGGUUGUUGGGAUAAACCGACCAAAGGCCAAAAAUGCUAUCAGCAGAAAUCUGGUAAAACUGAUGUCUGAAGCUGUCGUGGAUAUAAAAAAGAAUAGCAAAGUACGGAGUGUAAUUUUAUGUAGUUUAGUUCCAGGGAUCUUCUGUGCAGGAGCAGACCUUAAAGAGAGGGCCAAGAUGCAUCAAAGCGAAGUUGGACCAUUUGUUUCCAAAGCAAGAGCGCUAAUCACAGAACUGGGUAACCUACCAAUGCCAACAAUAGCUGCGCUCGAUGGCGCUGCCUUAGGGGGGGGCUUGGAAAUGGCCCUGGCGUGUGACAUCAGAGUUGCCUCAAAUGCUGCAAAAAUGGGACUUGUUGAGACCAAACUUGCUAUUAUUCCCGGGGCAGGCGGUACUCAGCGUCUCCCCAGGGUGAUUGGUGUGUCACAUGCUAAAGAGUUGAUCUACACGGCCCGGGUGGUCGACGGAGCAGAAGCCUGUCGCCUGGGUCUGGUCAGCCAUUCUGUGGAGGAGAAUAAGAGCGGAGAUGCUGCCUAUCUGCGCGCUUUGGAGCUUGCGCGCGAGAUUAACCCUCAGGGUCCAAUUGCAGUCAGGAUGGCAAAACUUGCCAUCAAUCAGGGAAUAGAGGUGGAUCUGUCUACAGGCUUGGCUAUCGAAGAGGCGUGCUAUGCCCAAGUGAUCCCAACGACAGAUCGACUGGAGGGUUUGGCCGCAUUCAAGGAAAAGCGGCGUCCUCGCUACAAGGGGGAGUGAGUCGUCAGUGCUCCCAAAAACACUUCUGCCUCUCGUUCUCUUGUACAACUGCUCCCAACACGUUUCGAGGGGAAUUUGAAGGACACGGGAUGAUGUUUGAUACUGGAUGGAUCGGCACUUGAACAUCACAUUAGCUGCAAUGUAAGUGACUGUCUCCACCACGCAAUGUUCAGUGAUCGCCAUUUGGAACCAUUCUAAUCACUGUUUGCGAUUACCGCCAAUUAUGUUCCCCAAUCCCAAAAGCCAUAAAUUUUUGUAUGAUCUUAUUGCUUCUUGAAUGCGACGUCAGCAGUUUUGUUUUGACUUGGAUUUCUGUCUACUAAGAAAAACACACUGUGACUUGAGAAUAGCCGUCGCCAUUUUGCAAACCCGUCUUAAGUCAUCACAAUGAUUGCUAAAGGACUAUGGUGUCAUACAUUUUUUAUUUUUUUUUGGCUUGAGCACUUCAGUCACGCGUCAUUGACUCUUGAUUGUAUCAGUCAUAAUAAAGCAGUUGUGACAUGAAAAGGC